AUGGCGUCUUCAAACCGAUGCCUGUACGAAGUGCUGGGCCUGACCGUCAACUCCUCGCCUGAGGAAAUUCGUUCCGCUUACAAGAAACUAGCUCUCCAAUGCCAUCCAGACAAACUCCUCCGAUCCGGCUUAACCCACCACCAAGCCACCGCUCAGUUCCAAGAACUCAACUUUGCUUACAGUGUACUCUCGGACCCCAAACAACGCGCCUGGUAUGAUUCUCACCGCGCACGGAUUCUUUUCUCUGAUCUUGAUUCGUUUUUUAGUUCAGUCCCUAGUCUUUCCUUCCAUUUCUCCCACCCAGCCUUUCCCACCUUUUCCGGAUAUUCGGAUUACGGUAAUGGGUUCUACAAAGUGUACUCUGAUUUCUUCAACAAGAUUCAUAAUAACGAAAUCAAUUUCGUCAAGAAAGUAGGGCUGGAACUGGGAACGGUGUGGGAUGCGCCAAGAAUGGGGAAUUUACAGAGUCCGGUGAAAGCAGUGAGGGAGUUUUAUAAUUACUGGCGCGGGUUCAGUGCGGUGAUGGACUGCCGGUGGGUGGAGGGCAAGACGGCGUUGGAGAGGGAGGAAUUGAAAGGAGAGUAUAAUGAGAGGGUAAGAAAAAUGGCAGAGUUCGUGAGAAAGAGAGACAAGAGAGUGCUUCAUUUACUUGGAAUGGUAAAUGAGCACAGGAAAAAGAUUGAGCAAGAAAGAAAACAGCUGGAAGAAUUAGAGAUGGAGAAGAAGAGGAAAGAAUAUGUCUGUGAGGUAUGCGGAGAGAAGUUUCAGAGAGAGAAGCGUGAGCAAUGGAGAAAGCGCGUGCAGGAUGUGGCCGAAUUUGGGCAGAGUUUCGUGGAGGAAGAGGAGGAGAGGGAGGUACAGUGUUGUAGAUGCAUUAAAACAACGUCGGCCUGGGACUCUUGUGUAUAA